GAGAUUUAAAUGCUGGAAAACGAGGAUUGAAAUGAAGCUGUGUGUGAUCGUUACCUUCUUCGCGCUGACGAUCGCCUGCACGUAUGCUGGCAGCAUCAACUCCUCCAUCGUUAGCAACAUCAACAGCAGCAGCAACGACAUCAGCGAGCAACAUCGUCCGGCAAAACAUCGCACGGCACGACUUGUACGCGAGUUCCCAUCCAACAUCGGCCAGCGGCUGCAAUCGAUCGAGUACCCAUCGUACAACAUUCCCAAUCCAUACGGACCCGGAACGUAUGCUUUUGGAUAUGAAAUCGAGGAUCCUCAAACGGGCAACGUUCAGUUUCGUGAUGAGGAAAAGUUUCCGAAUGGAACCGUCCGGGGUGCAUAUGGCUACAUGCAACUGGAUGGGAGCGUGGUGAUCACACGUUUCUACGCGGAUUUAUUUGGAUAUCAUGCCAAUACCGAAAUCAGACAAUCGGAUGGGCAACUUAUCUCAUCGUUCCCUGGAAGAUCUCCAACUUCGGUCAACCGAAAUCCAUCCAACAACAUCCCAGCAACUUACAAUCCGGCCCUAAACGCAGACUACAUCGACCCCCAGUACAGUGCAGCCAUUCUAGGCCAUAUCAAGAAUCAACAGUUCAACCCAACGCAAGGUCUAAUGCAGUACCCUAACGGGAUUUCACCUUCACAACCAUUCCAAGUUCAAGAUGCCCCCAUUUCCCCAAUGCCAUUGCUCCCGUACCAAGCCCCAGCCAAUGGAAACAUCUUUUCGAAUUUCUUCAACCAGUUCCCCUCGAAUCUGAGCCCUUCAAAUUUGUACAACAAUCUUCAAUCGACCUUCCCGAACAUCAUACCUCAACAGAACCCGCUGAAUACGUUAGCUACCAACGUCCAAAAUGGUUUCCAGCAAUUCACUCAGAACAAUCCGUUCGGAAAUUUCGUCAGCAAUGCUCAGUCUCAACUGCAGCAGUUGGUGCCGCAGAAUAAUCCCCUGGCCGGUUGGUUCAACGGAAAUCGUUUGGGACAACUGCAGCAACAGCAGCAGCUGCAACAACAACAGCAGCAGCAGCAGCAGCAGCAGCAGCAGCAGCUCUUCCUACAGCAGCAACCCGGAGCCGGACUGGUUCUUGGCGAUACGGGACUGACCUCAGGCUACUUGAACGGACAAAGGAUACCGACGACGAAGCGCAGACGUAUCAUCCCCACCACCAAGAGGAGGAGACAUGGUCUCAAGACGCGGAUCGGAGCGGAAGACGAUUGGUUGGACGAGUUUUUGGAGAGCCGUAAGCGGGAGAUGAUCUACGGGUUGACGACCACUCCGAAGACAGUUUCGACGGCGACCGUGCCCAUCAAGGCCAGUGGAGUACCUACCUGA